CUCCCUCAUACCGGCGGCGGGGGACACGCCGAUCAGCGAAGGUGCUGACACCUCCUCACACAGCUGGUUUCCUCGGACGGGAUCAACACGCACACACCGUUAGACACCCCACUCUGGUGCAAGUGUAUUCCACGCCAGAAAGGGCAACUCGACAAAGCUGAGGAAGGGACAGACGCCGGAGACCACCACGGGAGAGGGAGGGGAGCGUUCCCCACGCGGGGGACAGCACGCAACCCAAGCUCUGAGCCGCACCAGCCGGCACCGGCCGGGGGGCAGCGGCACAGGUCUCUCACGCCAAGGGCUAGGCUAGGGCUUGGAGGGAGCCGCAAGGAUGGAGCCAACUGAUGUGCCGGGCGCCACAGGGGGCAGGGAAGAAGACGCGUUCGGCUUCCCAUCACGAAGACAGGGUUCAAGCAAGCCUUCCCACCGGCGGACCGUGUCAUCCCCGGUGGUUCACGACUUCCUUCGAGACAGCAUCUACUCUUCUUCGGGCCCCUUUGGAGCACUCGGCGACUCGAGCAACGGUCUCUUUUCCCCCAGAUUGGCGGUCGGAUCGAAAGGCCACCACAGGGAAAGUGCAAGUGGCGACUACCUGACCGUCUCUACCGAAGCUGGGGAUACGUCCUAUGGGUCUAGCAUGGACUCCUUGUUCCACCGAGGAGGGUUGGAGAGUCUUCGGUCCGACUUUCUCAAGAUGGACCUGGGCAAGCGGCGCAUCUCAGAAGACGAACGCGAGCGGGUCAGCAGCCACCACUCAAACGCCACCGACUCCGUAGACGGCGGCGGCGGCGGCGGCAGCGGUGGCGGCGGCGUCUCCUCGAUCUCGCGGUCUCUCAGCGCCACCGGGGACGUGAGGGUGACCGUAUCUUCUUCCGACUCGGCUCUGCACUUGCUUGCGGGCGGCGGGGUCGUCGCGAGCGGGGUGUCGAGCUCCGGUCGCGGCCGCCCCCCGUCCGCCGGUCCUUCCAUGGACAGCAGCGCCGGCUCCUCGGUCGGAGUUUCCUCCGUCCUGGGCGGGCCCGGCGGGGGCACCGGGGGCACCGGCGGGAGCGGGGGGGGGGGUGGCGGGGGGGGGGGGUUUCGGGCCCAGCGGCGGCGGGGGCGGCGCGGAGAGCCGCGGCGUCAUGGUCACGUCGGGGAGGGUUGCGCCGCAGCCGACGUCCGGUCAUCACAUGUCGAACGGCGGGGUCGGGAGGAGUGCCAGCGCCGGUGCCGCCGCCGGCGGGGCCGGGGCGGGGGCCGGGGCCGGGCGGGGAGUUGGCGAGCGCGAGCGCGAUCGUGA